AUGGGUGCCGACGGAGGGAGCAUCGCAGGCCGCUCGGACAUGGUCCGCGUGCGAGCUAAACAAGGCGCGACCUCAGAAUCAUCAGCUGCCUCGAGUCACGCGCAAGCGACCACAUGUCGACUCUCUGGCAAGCCGUUAAGGGCGGGCAAAGGAGAAGUUGUGGCCGACGCGCUCGGAAGGAUGUACAACAAGGAGGAAGUGUUGAUGCACCUGGCCGAGCGUGCAAAGGAUAGCAGAGGACCCCUGAGCCACGUUAAGCGUCUCAGCGUAAGUCCACGAGUAGAUCGUCAUAUCGGCACGGGCGCAUUUCGUGAAGCUGAACACCUUGCGUCCUGACCUACUUUGGCUCCCGACAGGAUGUGACAGUCCUCAACCUGACGCCGUCAAAGUCAGCGUCGUCCAUCAAGCCCAGCACUGCCUCUUCGUCGGAUAUCGCAGUCCCUUUUGCGUGUCCUCUAACGUCCAAGUCGCUGAACGGCAAGAGCAGGUUCAUCUACCUGACCACUUGUGGUUGCGUCAUGUCUGAAUCUGGGCUCAUCGCCACUGUUGGAGACGCCAGGAAGCGCAAUCGCGCGGACCGCGACGGGCAAUCCAGCACUGGCGCCAAGCGCAAGGCGUCAGCUGUCGAGUCUGACAAAGAAGGAGAACCUUAUCGAUCAUCACAUUCCAGCCCCGAAGAGGAGGAUGUAGCGGGGACAUCCUGCCCAGUCUGCGGCAAAGCCUUCACGCUAGCAACGUCGACGAAGGAUCAAAUAGAAGGUGCGGGCGAGUCGAAGCAUGCGAAAACUCAGAUGAGCGAUCACACACUGCCUGGUGGCGAUGUGAUCGUCAUCAAUCCAGACGAAGCGGAGGAGCAGGUCAUGCGUGGCAGACUAGACAGACGCUUGGCAAUGGAGGCAGAGGAAAAGGCCAAAAAGAAGGCUGCGAAGCGUGCCCAGGCCGACCUUGCGCCUGGCGCGGAUGUCACGAGCCAGGUCGUGCCGCAGGACAAGGAAGAGAAGCGGAUUCAAAAAGAUGCGAAAAGAGCUGCCAAGCUCGCGGCCUUGGCCAAGGCGACGUCAGCGGCAAACGACCUUGUCGAGCCAGACUUGAAGCGCGCACGGCUGGACUAUGCCGAACCUAAUUUGGAAGGAAAAUCGCGCGCCCCUGCUGCUACCUCUGCUGCUGCGGCCAUUGCACGGCUGGCGAAGGAGUCGGCGGCGAAGAGGGCUCGAGGAGAGGGAAUGAGCGAAGCGAUGAAGCAGGUGUACGGGAUCGGUCAGGAGCGUAAAAAGACGCAAGGUAGCGAUUGGAUGACCAAGGGCACCUUCAAUCGGUGAGUAGAAGCACCCGACGCUUUUGAAAGGAGGAUAUCGACCGCAGCUGACAUUAGCUUCAUAUUUACUCAGUUUUGCCUGA